AUGGUUUUGAAAAAUAAUGGUGAAUUUGCGAAUCUAUCGCUGAGCAAGUUUAUUGAAAAGCUUGAAGUUCAAGAGAUGGAACAACGGAAGAUGGAGAAAAUGAAGAAUUAUAAUGGUGAUCAAGACAUUGAUUCAACUGUUGAAGAUGAAAUGGCGUAUGUUUAUUAUGAAUCUCAGCAAUACAGUCUUAAAAAGAAAGAAGAAGAACCAGUUGCAAAAGAAGAGGCUUCAGAAAAAGCACCUAUCUUUGAUCACUCAUCAGAUGAAGAGAGUGAUGAUGACAGUGAAGAAAUUCGAAAAAUUGAAUUUUAUAAAAGAGAAUUUUCACCUGAUAGAUAUAAUUUGUAUUUUGCAGGUAAAAUGGAAGAGAUCAAUGAAAGACAAGCUGCGAAAAAGAAGAAUCAUAAAGCAGCAACUGUUAAAGAAAAAGAUGAUAGUGAUGAUGAAAAUGGUCGAGCCGUAAAGAAGCAGUUUAAAGAAACUCCAGUUAUCAAGAUUGAGAAGGAAGCUGAUACUGAAAAGAUGCCUGAGAAGAUUUAUCCUACAGUAGAAGGCAUGAAAGCGUUUGAAGAGGAGAAACCUGAAGUAAAGAAUAGCGGAAAUUUGAAGUGUUUUUACAAGGGGCAAAUUCCAACAAGUUGA